UAAGCCACUCAGAAAUCUGUAGUGUCUUUGAACCCACCAUGGAUUAGAAUAUUUAAAGGAGAGACAGUGACUCUUACAUGCAAUAAGAACAAUUCCCGGGAAGAAAACUCUACUGAGUGGAUGCACAAUGGCAUAGUUUCUAAUGUGAAAACUACAUACUGGGAAAUCGUGAAUGCCACCAUUCAAGACAGUGGAAACUACACAUGUCAGAGCCAACCAUUUUCUGAAAGUAAACCUGUGCACCUAGAAGUAACUGCAGACUGGCUGCUUCUUCAGGCCUCUGCUGAUAUGGUGAGGGAAGGUGGGUCCUUCUACAUCAGAUGCCAUGGCUGGAAGAACCGGAUUGUCCAUAAGGUGAUCUACUACAAGGAUAACUUCGCUUUCAAGUAUUUGUAUGAGAGUCCCAACAUCUUCUUUAGAAAUGCCACAUUUAAUAACAGUGGUAACUAUCACUGCACAGGAAAUCUUCAGCAACUGACGCGUACCUCUGAGCCCUUCAGAAUUACUGUAAUGAAAGCUCACCAAAGCAAGUAUUAUUGGCUACAACCUAUUAUCCAAAUUCUGGUGGUGAUUCUGUUCGUUGUGGACACAGGAUUGUUGGUCUCAACCCAGGAAGAGUUAAAAUUUGUCUUGAAGGUUCAGGAGACUGGAAAAGCCAACAAAAUUCAAAAGCUAACCUCCAGUCCAAACACCUAAAGAAACUGCUGUCCCGGAGGAAAAAAAAAUUGCAACAUUUUUCACAGCAUCCUCAACGGCUUCUUUAUU